AUGAGUGGAGUGAAGGAUAUUAAAUCGUUAAUUAACAAGACCAGGAGCUAUCUUGACCAACUUGAUUCAGUGAUAGAAGAAAGAGACAGAUUGAUAACCAUCUUAAAACUUGUUCCGUCAUCCAAUGAUAAUUUGGAUUUGAUCAACAGUUUGAACAAGGUCAUCAAGAGUUUGAAUUACAUUCAGAAAGAUAUCAUUAAUUUAAGCAAAAAUGGGUCCCCGAAGCCAGAGAUUUAUGAGGAGUUGGUGUCGAACUUUGAAGAUUUGUACAACAGAUACGAUCAGCUUACAAAUACCCUAACGGGUGAUAUAUAUGUCGAUAUAAAUGAAUAUGGGUUCGAAAAACAAGACAUACCCAAAGUGAACAUUCCAGGUAAGUCAGUAAGGUUUUCGGAUAAGGUUGAAGAAACAAGUCCUGUUCCAGAAAUACAGCAGCAUUUUAAACCCUACAGAGACGACGAAGAAUCAGUUGCGUCAUUUGAAAGUCAAACUAAUCCUCAAAUGUUUGCUCAGCAUCAACAACAACUUAUCAGUCAGGAUGAAGAUUUAGGUGUAUUACAUGAUUCUGUUAGAAGACAGCAUUCAAUGGGGUUGCAUAUUAAUGAAGAAAUAGAUGAUCAUUUAAUAAUGUUGAAUGAUUUGGAGCUGGGAGUGGAACGCUCGCAGUUCAUGCUAAACAGUGCUACAAAUAAGUUAAAGAGCUUCAGGCAGAAAUGCCGUGAGAAUGGUAGUUUAGUGACCAUUGUUGUUUUGACAGUAAUAUUGAUUGUAUUGUUGGUGGUUUUAAAUUAG